AUGGAGGAACGCUCAACGGGCUCCUCUGAUGGUGAAACGAGGAAGCCGUGUUGUGCGAAAAUACCAUGGGGGAGCUUGUUCUCGUAUUUAGGACUUUACACCGUGACGGUAGCGUAUUUAUUUCUAGGUGGGCUGCUGUUUCACGUGUUGGAAUACCCACACGAAGUGGAUCUAGCAGCAGGCGCGAUAGCUUUACGGGAGGAUUUCUUACGAGAGCUGCGGAACACGAGUCGAUUGAUAGACUCGCCGCAGAACUGGACCGACACUGCCAGGGAGGUACUGGAGGAGUACGAACACGACUUACAUUUCUACUGGAAGCAAGGUUGGCGAUCCCACUUGGAUAAUAAAUGGAGUUACUUGUCAUCUUGUUUCUUCUGUUUGACUGUUGUGAGCACAAUAGGUUAUGGACAUAUCACCCCGACAACGCAGAUGGGAAGGUUAGCAACAGUGUUCUACGCAAUCCUUGGAAUCCCUUUGUUCUUCCUGUUCCUCGCUGAGGCCGGAGAUAUUGUUUCCAUACCUCUCAGGUACAUCAACAGCGUUAUAAUCAAAUCCUGCAAACACUGCCCCGACUGUGAGAGCUGUACAGGCACAGACCCCGUCAGCCGUAUUGGCAGUACCUUCUCUAUAUUUUCAAAUACAGCACGAAAUUCUGUUGGGCAUCGAGAUGAGGUGGUAAGUAACCACGACAACGCGGAAAAUGUGUCGGAAUUCGGUAGUCAUGGUAACCGCGAAGCGCCACCUACGAUGUUGUAUACUGAUUUACCGGGGGUUCCGGAUAAUAACGAUGAAGGCGCCAUGUUGUAUCGGGUCGAAAUACACUCGAAUUCCAAGGCGAGUUCUGUUGGAACUCAAACCGACGCGUCAUUACUUGAAAAGUAUCACAGCAACUAUGUGGAAAAAAAUGCGCGUCACCCUGGCAAUGGUUUGAUAGCCUUCGGCAGUGGUCGGAAACAAUCGGCAACAGUCACAUACAGUGAUGAGGGCGUGAUUAUGAUAAAUGAGAAAGAUAAAACCAUUUCUGCGAUCAAGGAUGACAGCCUGCAAUCUAGCAAUACGAACGAUAAAAAGAAAAAAGAGGAGCAAGUCGAAGUGCCAAUAUCAAUAUUACUAUUUCUGCAGUCCACCUAUCUUCUCGGGGGCGCAGCGUUGUUGAACAGCUCGCAGAACGGAUGGACAUUUCUCGAUUCGUUGUACUUCAGCACUGUGACGUUCACCACUGUCGGUUUUGGAGAUCUUAUCCCGUCCAAUAACGACCACUCCGACAAUCUUUUACAGACUGCCUGGUUUAUGUCAAUAUAUAUAAUAAUAGGACUCAUCUUAAUGUCUAGCUGUAUUAGUCUAUCCCAGCAACGCAUUGUACGAUUUACUAAGGUUGUUAUGAAAGGUUGUUGCAGGAGUCGUCGAUGCCGGAGCUGUAGGCGCCGGUUCAGGCAUUGUUGCAGAUGAUAUAUAAUAAAUUCGCCGUGACUGGAUGUUUAUAAUGGUCACGCGAGACUUUGUAUUUAAUGAGCAUUAAAUAUCAGAUGAAAUUCAAUAUUUAAUUUAAUUUAUAUAUCUUGCCAGCUUGAAACUAAGGUAGGCUAUACGAUGAAAUAAAUUAUAUAUACAAGUUUA